GCUCUCUUAAUAUUAUCAAUGUUUCACCAAAAAGAAAAUAUUAUCAAUGGUGUCUCCUUUGUUCCCUUCUCCGUCCGCCGGGCCGUCGUUCUCCGUCCGACCAGCGUCCCCCACCACCACUGGGGGCGCCGUCAUCUGGUCUGGCCUCCGAUCCGAACUCGUCGCCGGUUGGAUUACAUAUGGGGAAGUGGAGGAGCUCUCGGCGGAAAAGAAGGGAAUCGGAAAGGGGACAGGUGGUGGGGAAUCGAUCUCAUGGGAGGGUUCUCUCCUUCCUCGUCGCAUCUCUGACCCCCUGGAGAAGAUAAUAGCAGGAUUCAUCUGGUGAAAGUUUAAGACAGUGUUAUCAGUUUGCUUGAGGUAAAGGAGGUGCAGAUAUUUUGUAUAGGUAUCAUGGGUUCUCAUGUGGUGACACCGAAAGACGUACUUGAAUCUUUAAUGAGUGAUGGCACAUUUGAUGCCAUUAGACUGAAGAUUGUUAAUGAGCUAAAAGCCAAUGAAGAAUUAAAAAAUAAUACAAUCAGAAUGGUGGAGCAAAGUAGGGUUCUUAAUAUCCCUGGUGCAGAGAAAAAGACGAAGAGGGAAUUGUUUGAUGCACUCCGGCAAGAGCUUGAAAUGCCAGUUCUUGAGAAGGCUGCAAAAGCUGUUUGGGAGCUGAUUCUUGAUGACGGGGGCUUGGGGAAGGAGAUCAGUGAAACUGUAGAGAGAGUUUACUGCCAGCUGAGUGGCCGUGAUGUGCCACCACCUCCAACCAGUCUUGCACAGCAGUCACAGGAGGUGAAAGAAAAUAAAGAGGGUGGGCAGAAGGUCAAGGAAAUAAUGUCUAAAUCAUCAUCGAGGAAGAGAGCCCUCCACAUGAGCAUGCAAAGAGGAGAAAUUGUUACAAAAGGUUUUUGUAGCCACCCUCCACUUGUAUUAGAUGAUGGUGCGCUAUCAUCUAGCAAUUCAAAUGCAUGAUGAAUUUGUAGUGCAGUUUAAUAUUUGUUCAUCAACUGAAUGUAGAAUGUUGGUAGAAACUUGAAGUAGUGGUGAUGUAUUUUUCAUAGCUGAAUUCAUUGUUGCUGUGACUACAUUUUAACAUCAGAUAUUCAUGAACAAAGGUCAGUUUGCCCAGCUCAA